AAGAAAACCGUCCUGGGGUACAGAAAAACUCAGAACUUUUCGGUUUUCAAACUUAGAAGGCUUUUUAAGUCUCUUGGGCUAUUUGAAAGUGUUGGUACAUACAAUGACGUUUAGUCACCGGUAUUAAGGGAAAUAAAAGCCUUUUUCAAAAUGAAGCUUCCACAGUGUCCAUGCAUUUGGGAAAUACUGUAUUUGAUUUUUUGCAUGUAUGAUUAUACCAUGAGAGACAGGAUUAAUAUAGAAGAUGGCAAGGCAAAUUUCUAAUUAGAGAGAAUAUUAAUUUUCUACAAAAUAAAGUUUGUUCAUCAGUACAAACCUGCUUUCAAAUCAAAUCAGACAUCCUUCGGAAUGUGUUCAGAACCCAAACAUCACGUCAAUGGCAAUAGAACAGUUGAACCUUUCCCAGAGGGAACACAGAUGGCUGUAUUUGGAAUGGGCUGUUUCUGGGGAGCUGAAAGGAAAUUCUGGACCAUGAAAGGAGUAUAUUCAACUCAAGUUGGUUAUGCAGGAGGCUACACUUCUAAUCCUACUUAUAAAGAAGUCUGUUCAGGAAAAACUGGCCACGCAGAAGUAGUCCGAGUGGUGUACCAGCCAGAAAGCAUCAGCUUUGAGGAACUGCUCAAGGUCUUCUGGGAGAAUCAUGACCCGACCCAAGGUAUGCGCCAAGGCAAUGAUCACGGCACUCAGUACCGCUCAGCCAUCUAUCCAACCUCUACCGAGCACAUGGAGGUGGCCCUGAGGUCCAAAGAAGACUACCAGAAGGUUCUUUCGCAGCACGGCUAUGGCCCGAUCACGACCGACAUCCGGGAGGGACAGACCUUCUACUACGCGGAGGAUUACCACCAGCAGUACCUGAGCAAGAACCCCGACGGGUACUGCGGCCUCGGGGGCACUGGAGUGUCCUGUCCACUGGGAGUUAAAAAGUAAUUUCUCCCCAUAUGGUCAGCCUUUGAAGUCACAGCCAAAAUGCUUUCAACAAAUUGGGCAAUGCUUUUGUGGUUCAGGUCAGUGGCUUUUUGAAGUGCACAAAGCACAGAGGCAUUCAGGAAAAUCUGGUUUAAUGAGGUCUAAUCACAUGAAAUGCAAUGGCAAGUUGAUAACAUGCAGUUUAUCUUGUACUAAGUCAUGGUGGGAUUUGAUCGCUUGGGGUCUGAAUGAGGAUAAUGAAUAAUCUGCCCCCCCUUCUUGGGCCUGGGUGCCUGCCGCGGAAGCUGAGGAAGGAAGCCGGGGGAUUGUCAGAGAGGGUAAGGCAAUUUGGACAUGGGAACUGUGCCCUGUCCCACCUCGCAUGCCCUCCUGCCCUCCAGUGCCUUAAAAUCUGCAAACGUUUAUAGCCUCAAUGAAUCAUUCACUGCAAUACUUUGCUCUGCUGAUCCUAGAUGUGCAAGGGGCUUUCUCUCCUUUUCAGCCCUCCUGGGACAGAGAAAAGAUGUGAGUUAGCUUCGUGAAGUCUAAUGCUUUGCUUACAGCUACGGGAAAUUCUUGUUCUAAUAAAGUCCGCAGUCUAAUACAAA